AUGUCACACUAAGGGAAAGAUAUCAAUAUUAAUGAUUUUAGCAGCCCACACCUAUAGAUAAGCAAGAAAGAUUAAUUUUUAGAUGAAAUCAGAAAUCAUAUCCUGUCAAAAUCAAGAAAUGAUGUCUGGAGAUUGAAGGGUUAGCCAAACUUUGUUACACGUCCGUAUGUAGAAUGGAGAAGAGGAGAUACAUGUUGUGCAAUAAUGUGA